AUGGACAAGGAUGACUUCACCUUCGCGAAACUAUCCGACCUCAAGCUCCCCGUAACCUUCCGCAUAUCUCAACUCGAAGGAAUUCGACAACCGCGCACAUUCACAGAGCUGCUCGAGAAACCCGAGCUGCGAUUUCACGGUGUUCAGUCUUCUACCCUUUCAGAUUUAUAUGUCACUUGCCAGCUCACAGCGGACAAUAAACCGCUGACGAUCCCUUUCCGCACGUCGUUCAAGGCCUUCAAGAACAGUUACACCUGGAAUGAGUGGAUUACGCUGCCCAUACGGUAUUGCGAUCUGCCCCUCAGCUCGCAAAUCGUUUUUACCGUAUGGGACAUUGCUGGACCGCGGGCCACAGUGCCUGUUGGUGGCUCAACUUUCCGAAUGUUCGGCAAGAAAUGGACAUUACGGCGUGGCAAACACCGACUUCAUCUUUGGCGGGGAGUGGAAGGCGAUGGAUCUGUCGAUACUGCUACUCCAAGCAAGUCGGAAGAGCGAGACGAAAUGGGUCGGUUGGAAAAGCUCGUCAAGAAAUACGAACGCGGAGACCUCCAGAAAUCAGAAUGGCUGGACAAGAUGGCCUGGCGCAAGAUGGAAGAAGUCCACGCCGCAGAGACCGCGAAAUCAGAAAACCUUUUCUUAUACAUCGACCUCCCCCGCUUCGAUUUCCCUGUAAUCUUCAGCGAACCAGAAACGCCUGUCGCUUCUACCUCUACUCCCGUUCCCGAGCUUCCCCAACCACCUAUUCCGUCGACAACCUCGUUGACAUUCACAGCCGAAUCGCAUUUAUGGGCAGUAAUCGACCCAGAGGUUGCACGAGAAAAUCCCGUCGAAGACAAACAUCGCCGUCUAGUCCGGAGUCAUCGAAGCAGUCCAUACGAUCGUGAGCUCAAACCGAAUGCCAAAAUCCGGGACGAGUUGGCGGAAAUUUUGAAUUACGCCCCCAGUCAGCACUUGACCUCGGAAGAGAAGGAUCUCAUCUGGAAAUUCCGCUUCUACCUUGUGAGGGACAAACGCGGCUUAACAAAGUUCCUCAAAUCCGUGACCUGGAGAGACGCUUCGGAGGUCAAACAAGCUGUUGAAGAGUUGCUACCACAGUGGACCGAAAUCGACACGGACGACGCUUUAGAACUUCUGGGACCCAGUACUGUUGACUCUCGUGUUAGGGCAUUUGCAGUACGGCAACUGAGCCGAGCGGAUGAUGAGGAACUGCGUUUAUAUCUACUUCAACUUGUCCAGGCUCUCAAGUUCGAGAGUACAGCAACUGACCAACGCUCAUUACGGUCGACAACAACAAGCGCCAUCUCUUACGAAGAUAGUGGCCUGACCGACUUCUUAAUCUCUCGAGGCGUCGCUAAUCCCGUUCUGGGCAACCGGUUAUACUGGUACCUCAUGGUUGAAGUCGCAUUGGAAGACCGUGUCAUGGCCAAGAUGUAUGGAAGAGUCGUCUUCCGUUUCAUGGGCAAAAUUUUAGAAAGCGAGGGCGGUUCCGACAGGCGGGAGCUGAUGCGGAGGCAGGGAUUAAUGGUGGAUUCGCUGGCCAAACGAGCGAAAGAGCUGCGGAUGUCGAAAGAUCCUCGGCCGAAGAAGAUCGAAAAACUUCGUGCGAUUAUCACCGACACGAAGAAUAACUUGGCCUCGAUGCCCCCAUUACCACUCCCGUUGGACGCUGCGGUCGAGAUAACUGGCAUUGUGGCCGAACAGUCUUCGGUCUUCAAAAGCAACCUUUUCCCGCUUCUGUUGUACUUCCAGUGCUCCGAUGGGUCGACCUAUCCGGUUAUCUUCAAAGAUGGAGACGACAUGCGGCAAGAUCAACUCGUGAUUCAGCUCUUCACGCUUAUGGAUGGGCUUAUGCGCAAGGAGAAGCUUGACCUUAAGCUAACACCCUAUGAUGUUUUGGCAACGGGUCCUCUCCAAGGAAUGGCGCGCUUUGUUCCUAGCAAGACCAUUGCAGCCAUCGUCAGCGAACACGGGAACUUGCUCAACUAUUUGCGAGCGCAUAAUCCGGAUGCAGGCAGUGUGGGGACUUCCGGAGUCAACCCAACCGUCAUCGAUACAUUCGUGCGGAGUUGUGCGGGCUAUUGUGUGGUGACCUACCUGCUCGGAGUUGGUGAUCGCCAUCUGGACAACCUCCUCGUCAGUCCUGAUGGACAUUUCUUUCAUGUCGACUUUGGCUAUAUUCUUGGACGCGAUCCCAAACCAUUUCCUCCGCCUGUUAAGGUGUGCAAAGAAAUGGUCGACGGCAUGGGCGGCGCGCAGUCGCCCCACUACCAGCGCUUCAAGAGCUUCUGCUUCACGGCGUUCACGAUGCUGCGCAAGCGCGCUAACCUGAUUCUCAAUCUCGUCACGCUGAUGGUCGACGCCAACAUCCCCGACAUCAAGCACCGCGAUGUGCAUGAGCAGAUUCAGGAGAAGUUCCGGCUGGACUUGACGGAGGAGGAGGCGAUAAAGCACUUUGAGGCGUUGCUGAACGAAACGUCGUAUAUCACGGUCGUCCUGGAUCGCAUUCAUGACUUGGCGCAGUAUUGGAGAAGUUAG